GCCCUACCCGGAGUCCGGGCCACGUGCGCUUGUUUCCUAGGCCGGAGCGCUCACGUGACCCGAGUCAGCUGAUCCGUCAUGGCUGGUACCCGCGCUUAAUGGGUUCUACCGCCCCAACCGUCCUGCUGAGUGGUCCGUGAGCCACGGAUCCUGGUGUCUUCUUCUUCUGACAUGGAGGGGCUGCUUCAGAGUGUGGAGAGGGACCUAAGCAUUGACUCUCGACAGCUGGCGUUGGCUCCUGGGGGUACCUAUGUGGUAGCCCUGGUGCCUGUGCGGUGGCUGGCAAGUCUCCGGGAAAGGAAGCUGCCUCCUGGGCCCUGUCCCCGAACUGAGGGGUUGAGUGAAGCUGAAACAAGAACCCUCCUUCAGCGCUCAGUACAGAGACUGCCAGCUGGCUGGACACGUGUGGAAAUACAUGGGCUGCGGAAGCGGAAACUGGCCUAUCCACUGGCUCUGGGCUCCAGCCAACCUUCAGAAGAGCACUCUGGGGUCCCUGAGACCUUGACCAGAUUUAUGCGGGAUACUGCUGCCCAGAACUAUCGCAACCUGUGGCAUAGUGCCUACCAUGCCCAUGGGCGGCCAUACAACCACGGCACUGCUCCGCCUGAAGGUUCUGCCCUCAGUGCUGUGAAGCAGGCCUUGCAGAAGGUUUAUGGCUGCCCAUUCCUUCAAGUGGGCAAGGGCACCCAGUGCCCAUCUCCUGUGAGGGAGGGCCCCUCAGCUCCUAGGGCCGCGACAGUCUGCCCCAAUCUCUUACAGGCUGAAGCGCUCUUAGAAUCGCCAGACAUGUUGUAUGUUGUGUACCCUCAUGUGCAGUACUGUCUUCACGAUGUGGUCACUUUCAGUCCAGCCAAGCUCAGUAACAGCCAUGCCAAAGUGCUGUUCAUCCUUUUCCAUGUGCUGCAGGCUAUGGAUGCCUGUCAUCGACAAGGUCUGGCUUGUGGGGCCCUCUCCCUGUGUCAUGUUGCUGUGGAUGAGAAGCUGUGCAGCCAACUCCAGCCGGACUUGAGUGCUUAUGAAGCCCCUGAGGAAGAGGAGGAAGAGAAGCCUAUGAAGAACGUAGUGGAGGCUGAGCCUGCGAGUGUCCCUGAGCCCACGAAGGGAGAAGGGCCCAGGGAUCCUAUUUGCCAGGAAGGGCUGAGGAGGCUGGUGCUCGACUGGGUCCAUGGCCGAGUCAGUAACUUUCACUAUCUCAUGCAGCUGAACUGGCUGGCGGGGCGCCGAUGGGGAGACCCCAACUACCACCCUGUGCUGCCCUGGGUGGUUGACUUCACCACCCAGAAUGGACGCUUCCGGGAUCUGCGAAAGUCCAAAUUCCGGCUCAAUAAAGGGGACAAACAGCUGGAUUUCACUUACGAGAUGACACGACAGGCCUUUGUGGCUAGUGGCGGUGUCAGUGCUGGAGAACCACCCCAUGUGCCACACCACAUCUCGGAUGUGCUGUCUGACAUCACUUAUUACGUGUAUACAGCACGGCGCACUCCCCGGGCUGUGCUCUGUGGCCACGUGAGGGCCCAGUGGGAACCCCACGAAUACCCGGCCAGCAUGGAACGCAUGCAGAGCUGGACACCUGACGAAUGCAUCCCUGAAUUCUAUACUGAUCCCACCAUCUUCCGCUCCAUCCACUCAGAUAUGCCAGAUCUGGAUGUGCCAGCCUGGUGCAGUUCAGGUGAGGAGUUUGUGGCGGCCCAUCGGGCAUUGCUGGAAAGCCAAGAAGUAUCCCAAGACCUUCAUCACUGGAUUGACCUCACCUUUGGCUACAAGUUGCAAGGCAAGGAAGCAGUGAAGGAGAAGAAUGUGUGCUUGCACCUUGUAGAUAGCCACACGCAUCUGACCAGUUAUGGUGUGGUACAACUCUUUGACCAGCCCCACCCCCAGCGCCUGGUAGGAGCCCCAGCCCUGGCCCCUGAGCCACCGGUCAUCCCCAGGCCUCUCAUCCAGAUAGUCCGAGAGACUGCUGGUCAAGAAGACGUCCCAGGCCAGCUGGCUGAUGGGGCUGAUGGUUUAGUUUUGGAGGCUAUGCCCUGCGAGGCUGCCUGGAGUGGGGAUAGACCUCUUGGGGGUGAUGAUGACUUGGAACAGGGGACAGAGGCCUUGGAUUCCAUCUCUCUGGCUGGCAAAACUGUUGACCAGCCUUGCCCUUCUUCCUUGCAGGCUUCCGGCCACCCUUUCUCAUCAGUCUCGAUGGCACGGCUGGGCCGAAGAAACAAGGCUGGCGGAGUAGACGUUGGGGAAGGGGAUGACGGGAGGAUUGUCCUUCCUGAGGGCUUCAAUCCCCUGCAAGCUCUGGAGGAGCUGGAGAAAUUUGGCAACUUUCUGGCCAGAGGCCUUCGUGGCAGAAUGGAGGCCCCGGAUGAUCCCCCGGCCACACCAGCCCUGAAGCUUGCUGAUCUCUUCCAGAGAGACAUGCAGGCCCUGGGGGUCCUCGUGGCUGAGAUUGUGUUUGCAGCCAGGGUGCGGAUGCUGCGGCCUGAGGCACCCUUACGGGAACGUUUCCUCGCCGUCCGUGGGCUCUGUUCCCGCUACCCCAAGGAGAUCCCCAUCCCCUUGCAGCCUGUUUUGGAGACCCUGCUGCAGCUGAGUGAGCCUGUGGAGCCCCCGAUGACCGGGAGACUCUUUGCGUAUAAGCCCAUCUCCUGGGGCCUGCCCCCACCUAGUCCAGCUCAGCUCCUCAGCCCGUACAGCUCAGUUGUGACCUUUCCUUCCUACUUCCCGUCACUUUACAAGUUUAUUCUCCUGUACCAGACGAGGAGAGUGGAGGACGAGGCGCAGGGGCGGGAGCUGGUGUUUCAGCUGUGGCAGCAGGUGGAGGGGACCCUGCGGGAGAUCACUCCCGAAGGCCUGGAAAUCCUCCUUCCCUUUGUGCUGUCCUUGAUGUCGGAGGCCCACACGGCUGUGUACGCGGCCUGGUACCUGUUUGAGCCCAUCGCCCGGGCCCUGGGCCCCAAGAACGCCAACAAGUACUUGCUGAAGCCCCUGGUUGGGGCCUACGAGAACCCCUGCCAGCUGCAUGGCCGUUUCUAUCUGUACACUGACUGCUUUGUGGCCCAGCUGAUGGUCCGCCUUGGGCUCCAGGCCUUCCUUUCCCACUUGCUGCCGCAUGUACUUCAGGUCCUGGCUGGGGUGGAGACUUCUCAGGAGGACACCAAGUGCUUGGGGGGGACCACGGAAGAUGAGGAGAUUGGGGAAGGGGACGAGGGUCUGGGCCCCCGUACCAUCCAAAUGGAAGGGGACCCGGGCCCGUCGGGCCUGGGACUCCUGGACUACACGUCAGGCGUCAGCUUCCACGACCAGGCCGACCUGGCCGAGGGCGAGGACUUCCAGGCGGGUCUGUACGUGGCAGGGUCUCCCCCGCCUCCGGAGCCCGAGGCUCUCAGCCUGGGACGGCUCAGCGACAAGAGCAGCCCCAGCGAGGCGUCCCUGGGGGACGAUCGGCCUGGGGAUGAGGCCGAGCUCCCACGGGCCAAGAGCGGCCAGGACCUGAAGCAGAGUGAAGGGUCGGAGGAGGAGGAGGAGGAUGCGGCGGAGGACGAGGAGGAAGUCGCUGGUCCAGCGGGGGGAGUUGGAGAGGAGGAGGAAGAUGAACAGGACGGUAGCCCGGUAGCGCCUGAGCUCCCCCUCUCGGACACGGGUGUCUCUGUGGAUGCUGGCUUACCGAACGAUGACGGAAACGGGGAGGAGGAGGAGGACCUCGCCGAUGAGUCUGAGGACAAAGAGCAGAAGAUUCUCCUGGAUACCGCAUGCAAGAUGAUCCGCUGGCUUUCGGCCAAGCUUGGCCCCACUGUCACGUCCCGCUACGUGGCCCGGAAUCUUCUUCGCUUGCUGACCUCCUGCUACGUUGGUGCCACAAGGCAGCAGUUUAUGGGGAGCAGCAGCGACGCGAGCCCCUUGAACUCGGGCAACAUUUACCAGAAGCGUCCGGUGCUGGGGGAUGUGGUGUCGGCUCCCGUGCUGGGCUGUCUCAUGCACGUGGCCUGCCUCUAUGGGGAGCCCGUCCUCACCUACCAGUAUCUGCCCUACAUCAGCUACCUGGUGGCUCCGGGAGCGGGGGGAGGUCCCAGCCGCCUCAAUAGCCGGAAGGAGGCAGGCCUGCUGGCAGCUGUGACCCUGACACAGAAGAUCAUUGUGUACCUCUGUGACACCACACUCAUGGACAUCCUGCCCCGCAUCAGCCACGAGGUCCUCCUGCCUGUGCUCAGCUCCCUGACCUCCCUCGUCACAGGGUUCCCCGGGGGCACCCAGGCCCGGACCGUCCUGUGUGUGAAGACCAUCAGCCUGAUCGCCCUGAUCUGCCUGCGCAUCGGGCAGGAGAUGGUCCAGCAGCACCUCGGCGAGACAGUGGCCACCUUCUUCCAGGUGUUCUCCCUGGUGCAUGAGCUUCAGUGCCAGGCACCGAGGCCAGAGGCUCCAAGCCCAAGCGAAGGCCGGGUGCUGGAGGUGCCCUUCUCAGAUGGGCAGCGGCGGGCCGUCGACCUGGCCUUGCUGGACGAGCUGCAGAAGGUGUUCACUCUCGAGAUGGCCUACAUGACCUACGUGCCCUUCUCCUGCCUGCUGGGUGACGUCAUCCAGAAGAUCGUCCCCAACCACGUGCUCGUGGGGCAGCUGGCAGGGCAGUAUUUGGAGAGUGCCAGCCCGGUGGGCCAGGACCCUAUGAAAUUGGCACCCAUGCCCAGUGCCGCCACAGAGCAGGAUCCUCAAGGCAGGGGGGUAAACCGUGAUGACGGCAACUCGGGCACUUUUGGGAGCGUCCUGAUUGGGAACCGGAUCCAGAUUCCUGCAGACACACAGCCUGACAGUCCAGGUCCCCUGGGCCCCAGCUCAGGGGAGAUCGGCUGUAUCGGGGGCCUCUGUGAGAUGGGUGGGGAGGAGAGUUCCCUGAAGCGCGACCUGCCUCGAUGUACCCACGGAUUGAGUGGAAACUGGUUGGCCUACUGGCAAUAUGAGAUUGGUGUCAGCCAGCACGAUGCCCACUUCCACUUCCAUCAAAUCAGGCUGCAGAGCUUUCUGGGCCACUCCGGGGCUGUGAAGUGUGUGGCCCCACUGGGCAGUGAGGACUUCUUCCUGAGUGGGAGUAAAGACAGGACGGUCCGGCUCUGGCCCCUCUACAGCUGUGGGGACGGCACCAGUGAGACGGCGCCACGCCUCGUCUAUACCCACCAUCGCAAGAGCAUCUUCCACGUCAGCCAGUUGGAGGCGUCCCAGCAGGUGGUGAGCUGUGAUGGCACUGUCCACGUCUGGGACCCGUUCACAGGGAAGACGGUGCGGACGGUGGAGGCUUGGGACAGUCGGGUGCCCUGGACUGCUGUGGCUGUCAUGCCUGCCCCCCACACCAGCAUCACCCUGGCCAGUGCGGAUUCCACCCUGCGUUUUGUGGACUGUCGGAAGCCCGGACUGCAGCAUGAGUUCCGUCUUGGGGGUGGCUUGAACGCUGGCCUCGUCCGAUCGUUGGCCGUCAGCCCCAGUGGCCGAAGCGUUGUAGCGGGCUUCUCCUCGGGCUUCAUGGUACUACUGGACACCAGGACCGGACUUAUCCUUCGAGGGUGGCCGGCUCACGAGGGCGACAUCCUGCAAAUCAAGGCUGUGGAAGGGAGCACCCUGAUCAGCUCAUCCUCAGACCACUCCCUGACCAUCUGGAAAGAGCUGGAACAGAAGCCCACCCACCACUACAAGUCCCCCUCAGACCCCAUUCACACCUUCGACCUCUAUGGCAGCGAGGUGGUGACGGGCACCGUGGCCAACAAGAUUGGCAUCUGCUCCUUGACGGAGACGCCCUCUCAGGCCACCACCAAGCUCAGCUCGGAGAACUUCCGGGGGACGCUCACAAGCCUGGCUGUGUUACCCACCAAGCGUCACCUUUUACUGGGCUCAGACAAUGGGGCCAUCCGACUCCUGGCAUAGGGGAGGGACAUAGCAGACCCAGGCUGAGGAAUUGGCAAAUGUGCUCAGGAUUGGCAAACGUGGGCCUAGAUUUCUCUUCCCUGGUUUGGUGACUUCGCCCGUCUGUCUCAAAACUCACCCAGCAGGUAUGGUGUUUGGGCUUCCAGGGCACGUCCCAGUUGGGCGAAGAGCCUCAGGGCUCCAUACCACCUGUGCCUGACACCAAAGAGAGGAGUCCUAGACCCCAAGGCCCAAGACUCAUCCCCCUUUGUACCCCUGCUAAACCUCCAAAAGCUUUGCCCUGGGCCUCUAGGCAUAGGGGUGGGCACAUCCUGGACUUAAGCCCUCGGGGCCAGUGCUCUGUUGAGAAUAGAGGAGACGUGGGAGCCCUGGAGAGGCCUUGACCCGUGCCUUGGGUGUCGGCUGGCUGAGGAUGUCACUUUCCUGGCCCCCCUCCCACCACGAAGCUGAGGUUGGAGGACACAGAGGCUGCUCCUUAGCUGGAUCUGCCUCGCCCUGAUGAGGUCCUGAAGGAGAAGGGUGGUGAUGGCCCUAGGAGGCCAUGACUGUCGAGUCCUCACCUCCUUCCCUCACAUGAGGACGUCCCGCCACUCUGCGUACCCCAGGACAAAAGGCAGAGCGGGGAGUGAGGGGUGAGGAUGACAGUGUCUUCAGACGUUCGGUGGGGUUGUGAUGCCGGUGCUGAUCACUGACCGCUCCUGGAGGCUUCAGCCCAUAGGUGGAGUCCUGUCUGGGGCAGGCUCAGGAUGACAAUUGUUUUGUCCCAGAGACUCCUUUCUGUCCUUGUCCUAUCUGGUUUAGGACCAGCAUGGGGGAAGAGAGAGGAAAUGAGGCAACAGGAGAGUUGAGUCAAGCUUGGCUUACCAGAUAGCCAGUGGAUCCUUCCAUUCAACCCCCAUCCCCAGAGGGGAUAGAGGGGAAAUCCCUCCCCUCCCCUCCCAUCUCACCCUAGCAUUUUGUGCCUUGAGCUGGGGCGGCAGCUUCUGGACCCUUGCCCCAGAGGGCCCUUGGCUGUCAGACUGGGGAAGAGGUUCCCUUGGGUCCCAGGAAUAUCUUAUGGGCCAACAUUCCCAGAGCCCGGGGUGGAGGAGCAGGGAUGCCUCUUGGUUCCAGCCUCCCAUUAUUUGCAAUAGAUGUAAAUAUGACAAUAAACACUUUGGAAGAGCCAUGAAA